UCACCCAACACAAGCAAACAUAGGUUACACCAACAUAUACAAUACAAAGCUAUCAAGUGUUUUAUGUUGUAGAACGCUCUUCCUCUAAGCACCACCAUCACAAUUCUUGUUCUUUCUGACAUAACUCAUCGGCAAAAAAUGGUGUUGCUACCCAAAUCCUCUCUGAUUUUGUGGAUUCUCCUUUCUUCAUAUGUUAUUCUCUUGAUAAAUCAUCCAGUCAAAUGUGGUGAUGAUGAGAAAGGUGAUCUUUAUCAGGGUAUCAACAAGUAUCGAGCAUCGUUAAACUUGAAAUCUCUUACGAAAAACAAAAAUGCAGAUUGCCUUGCUGAUAAAAUAGCAGAUCAAUUCAAGAACCAACCAUGUACAAAUACCACAGGUGCUAAUACAGUACCAGGCACAGAACCUCAAUUCUCAAACUACCCAGAUCUUUUAGCUAAGUGUCACUUGGCUAUUUCUGAUACAAAGGAUGGAACUGUAAUGCCUGCUUGUGUUCCUGGCCUGACUUCAAGCCUUGUCCUCGCGAAUUUCACAAAAUCUCUCUACUCGGAGAAUCUCAACGACACAGAGUUUACAGGAAUCGGUAUUGGUUCAGAAGAUAAUUGGAUUGUCGUUGUCUUGACCACAGACACUCCUACAGGAAACUUUGCUCCCUAUAGUUCUAAUGCUGGAAAUUUGAUUUCCAAAGUCGGAAUGAUUUAUUCCUCAUUGCUCUUGUUAGCUGCCAACAUUUUCCUGUUGUGAAACCUAGAAGAUAAUUGGCAAUGCUUCAUCAUUACAGUUUUGUUACCGGUCAGAAAGAAAGUUGUGCUACCUCCACAAAGAUUUAACUUGAAUGUUAAAAUGGAAACAAUGAAGAUAACUGUUUUUCUAUUGUUUAAUAACAUAAUUUGUCUGUUGAAUGCGAGAGUAAGAAAAGUAGAGAAUGUUGUUUCCAAAGGGUUGUUAUUUGUUGUUGUUGUUAUCAAUAAUACAAUUUCUGAGUUUGCAA